UGCACAUUUAUAUAUUGCAGCUGCCUUUACAUGUUGUUGCACCAACUUGGUCGAGGAUCUGGCAAGUCUUCACAAUUUUCUAACCUGACUCAGUCGAUUAGAGUUGACUGACUGGGUUGGUCAAUGCACAUUGUAACGAAUUAAACAAAUUGCAGAAGAUCAUUGAUUCUCCUGUGCCUAUACCUCGUUUAUAGGACUUUACAGGACGAAUGAGAAGGAUAUCUUCACAGCUCGGCCAACUGCAUUUUGAUUGAACCCCACCAUCUCAGAAUACGAGUGGGGAAAGCAUUCAGCAGGAAUACUCGGAUUUGCACUUGGAUCUUUGUUGUAAUGCAAAGAAUAUUUUGCUGCAGAUUUUGAACUACAGCCAGAAAAAAUAUAGUUGAACCUGAAUCAAUCGAUGUAUAUCAGUCGUGUGUCGUUUUGAGGAUGGCUGUGUUUAGGUGGUGAGUGAUUAAACUUCAGAGAAUUCUGCUGCACCCUCACUUAUAAAGACGACUCUGCGUUACAUAUUUGACUCUUCAGCCCACACGCUCUACUGGCAAUUUCUAUUGAAACGUCGUCAAGUGGUUGCAAGGGCAAUAAAAAAUGAACGGGAGUGCCAAAAUAGAAAUAGCCGUCGAUGCCAAUGGUAAUAACACCAAUGGAGUCAAAAAGUCCAGCAAUCUCACCUCAGCUUCUACUCCUGACACUUCGAACUCUGACGUGGUUACGACAAAACAGUUGCCGAUCUUGAUCAAAGAGGACUUUAUGGAUCCCAUUUUCGGCCCGAAAUCAGGGAGCGGUAUCUCAAAGUCCAAGUCAAACUUGGUGGAUGUCAUAGUCCGAAAUGCUGUGGGACCUCAUAAUUUCAUUAUUCAAGAUUACAGACAAUCUGAAAAUUUGAGACGCUUGGAAAUAUCAAUGACUGAGUUUUAUACGGAAUAUGACAAAAUGAACUUACCUUUGGAUCACAUAGACGUCAUUCCUGACGGGUAUUAUGCUGCAAAGGUGGAAGCCAACGAAAAUUGGGCUCGUGUUCAUGUUGUUAAGCCAUUCAAUUACGAAAAUCCUCAAAUCAUGGUAUUUCUGCUCGAUCAUGGCUCGUAUGCUAUGCUCGAAGCGUCUAAUUUGCGUCCGUUGAGGAGAAUGUAUGUCGAAAGACUCCCGUCUCAAGCAUAUCGUGCCAAAUUGCAUCAUUUUGUGGGAACAGCCGGAUCUCAAUGGACAACUGAAGAAUGUACCCGUUUUCGAAAUGAUGUGGAUGGAAAACCCUUCUGUGCAAUAAUUGUUGACGAAUCACAAGAUGCACUUUUUGCUGACCAAAUCCCUAUUUUUAGUUUAGUCCUUAUUGACACAUCCGGACCCCAUGAUAGAUAUGUUCAUAAAAGUUAUGCGAGGAAGCGUUGAACGAAAUAUCAAAUGACAGAUCUAAAUAUAAUUUAUUAUUUCGUUCUGUCCAGAAGGCGUAUACAAUCUACGAAACAUGCUGAGCUUGUCCGAUCUUCAUAGUCCAUAGUCCAGACUUUAUUUUUUGGACUACAGUAUUUUGUGGAGUGUCGAAAGUGGGACGUGGAGAUAUCAAUCAAUUUGUAAAUGUAAAAUUCCAACAAAGUUCCUUAACUAAGGCUUUUAAGAAUGUGGAUAUUUUGCUCAAGAGGAAAUGCAAUAUUUUGAAGCACACAUAAGAAUAAGACAUUCAUAAAAAAUAUGAAUUAAAUGUCCACACUUUUUUUACCCGUCAAUGUCGUAUGAAAAAACUUUAAGUUUCAAGUGUUUCAAAUAAUGUUAAUUUUGCAGCUAUUUUCGCCAUAACAAGUAAUUCACGACCUACAUGGAAUAAUAUUUUUUAGUGAAGAAUGUGUAAAGAAGUGCCGUAUAGAAAUAGUCUUAAUAAGUAUUCAAUUCUAAUCAGUAACUUGUAGUUAUAACCAAAUAAUGACAUUUAUGUUUGAUUUAUAUGGUGCUUGGGCAAAGUAUUAACACGACACAACAAUUAAUCUUCUAAUUUGAUGUAGAAUAAUUAGUUAAUGACAAGUUCCUUGCUUGCUCUGUACAUUUGUAUUAAUAAGCUAUGGUUCCAUGGACGGACUUAUUAAUCGCAUAACGGAGAGAUUAUUUGUUAAGAUUGAUAUAAAAAUCGCAUAUAUUUACGUUAUGCAUGCGAUUUGUACUUCAACUUCCACCGGAAUACUUCCGGAAAAACACCAAGAUGGCCAUAUUAAUGUUAAGUCAAUAAUACUGAUAUUUGCGAGAUGAUUUAACACACAGACGUUAGAUAAAUACAUAAUUUAAAGACAUUUUAUAAAAACUGCAAAAGUUUACAUAAACCAAAACAGAAAAAGCUUUAACUAUUUUAUCUACAGACAGGUGUUACCCUGUUUAUCUAACAAUGAGCAAUAAUCACACGUUACACAGAGUCAAUUUUAUUUAUGAUGCGUAGCGAUACGCGAUGUGAAUUAUUCACACUUUAUUAUUGUAUUAAUCUAUGUAAACAGUAUAGUUGGUACAUGAAAUUAUCGAGUUGUCUCUGUCAUGAAAUAUGAAUGCUAACAAAACAUCAAUAAAGUAGAACAAAGAAAAUGAAGCAUG